AGAGUGAAUCACUGCUCUUGAGCUCUACUCCAAGAGUUUUGGAAAUGCUUUAACAUCUUGUGUAAUUUUUACAGAAGAUAUUUGUUACUGCCAGCAAGUUAUAAUGUCAGUGUACAAUGGAGAAUCAGAGGACAGUGACAGCUUCAAUGGUGCAGACUGUGAAAGGUAUGUACCAUGUGCUGGCUCUGGUCUCGUCUCGGCUAAACUAACUAUCGUGGUUGGAGACAGACAGUUCUCUGAGGAGAAAAUGUUACUGGUGCAGAGCUGUGACUAUUUUCAAGCUCUGUAUCGCUCCGGUAUGAAGGAAUGUCAGCAGGAAGAAAUCCACCUCAAGUCUCUGCGAGCUCAAGGAUUCCUUUUAGCUUUAGCAGUUUUACAUGGAGAGAAGCCAAUUCUGGAUGAGGACGACAUUGUGGAAGCCAUUGAAUGUGCAGCUUUCUUGCAGGUGCCCCCACUUACUAGGCAUCUUAUUGACCUUCUUGAUGCAGAAAACUGUCUGCUGAUGUAUCACACCUCUGCAGUCUUUGGACUUAUGGAUCUGUACCAUGCAGCAGCACUGUUCAUUCGAGACAUGUACACUGACCUUGAGGUAGAGGUCAAGAAAACCUUACCAUUAGAGCUUAUCUCUUAUGUGGAGUCUUUGACCCCCCAUGUUUUCAUGGCUGUAGGAGCCCAUGUGACUUGUGGUUUGGAUGAAACUGUACAUGCUGCCUCAAGGACCAUCUGCUACCUCAAUGAAACUGGCAAUACUUGGAAAGUGUUAACAGAUCUUCCACUAGAGGCCAGCACCUCAAUGGCUGGAGUGACUGUUUUAGACAACAAACUGUUCAUAAUUGGUGGCAUUCAUGGCAUCCAUAAACAAGUUGUGGAAUCUUGUUUCUGCUACAGUGUUGAAAGCAACAGCUGGAGCAGGAUUCCCAGCCCAGCACAGCUGCGUUACAAUCUUAGCCUUAUGGGUCUCCAUGGUCAUUUAUAUGCCAUAGGAGGGGAGUAUGAGCGAACAGUAAUGUCGUCUGUGGAAAUAUACAAUGUAAAAAACAGAACGUGGACAUUUGCUGCUAAUCUACCUCGGCCGGCAGCAGGAGCAGCUUGCACCAAAACCAUGAGCAGAAUAUUUGUGUGUUUAUGGAGGCCAAUGGAGACCACUGAGAUCUACGAGUAUGCAUCUGGGGAAAAUGAGUGGCAUCUAGUUACCACACUGAUCAGGCACCAAAGCUAUGGUCACUGCAUGGUGGGCCACAGGGACAACCUCUUCAUCAUAAGAAAUGGCCCAUCUGAUGACUUCCUAAGAUGCCUCGUAGACUGUUAUAAUCUGAGCUUGGGCCAGUGGUCAACCCUGCCUGGACACUUCGCCAAUAGUAAAGGUUCACUAUUCACUGCUGUUGUAAGAGGGGACUCUGUGUUUACACUGAACAGAAGCAUGACUCUAGAAUACAUAGUGGAAGGUAAAACCUGGAAGCCUAGGCGGCAGAUGAAGGGUUUCCCAAGAAGUGGAUCUGUGUGGACAUUUCUGCUUCAGCUGCCAAAAGCUCUCAGCCUGCAGUAGUGGUACUGUCUGCUUUUUGGAUUAUCAGUAUUAUUUAAAUUAAACUCAGAUGGGGUUUUGUUUGUUUU